AUGCGCUUCGAAGUCGUGACACUCAUCGCGGCGCUGGCAACCACAAGCGUCGCUGACCUCUUGUGGGCUGUUGUCGAAUGUGACUGGAAUGGAAACUGCAACAGAGCGCACUCCACAUUCUACACCAGCUACGGCUCCUACACUGUCGACGCCUCCGAUGGCUGCCGGGGGACCAGUGUGCCCGGCAUGACCGAGUUCUGCCUGGACUGGAGCCGCAGCCGCGGCCACUUCAAGUACAGCCAUCAGUCUUUCAAGCGCUGCCUCGUCAUGACGGGCAUCACCACGUUGAACCCCCCCGGAUCCUCUACUUCGAGCUGGGAGGAGCGGGCCUGUACGUGGAGGCUCCCGGCGCCUGAGGAAGCAUCCAACCCGGCGAACGGUACCGCAGAAGCCACCGUGUCGGUGGUGGCCGAGGACCCAGUCCCGGUUGCGACCGGCGCCCCCCAACAAUGA